AUGGCAACUUCAUAUGAUGUGAGAAUACGCGACGCGAUUGCUGCGAUAGGCAAUCUCGAUAGGCGGUUGAGAGAGGAAUAUAUUCUCAUCGGUGGAGCAUCCCUCAUCUGUCUCGGCUCUACCCGGGCCACAUCAGACAUCGACCUCUUAGUGCCGGGUACAUCAAUUGCUCUCAUUGCCCCCAGCCUUGUUCAAUCCCCCGACUUCUCAUACCGGGCAGGGGCGAUCUCUAUCAAGGCAGGGGAAAUAGAGUUCCCGGUUGACAUUCUCGUCAAGGUUGUGGACGACCUGACCUUCGAAGACUUAGAACCGUUCACAAUAACCAUCCAGGACGGCAUCAGGACAUUGGACUUUCCGAUCGCACUAGGAAUAAAAAUUCGGUGCUUCUACCUGCGGAACGAUGAGACGAGUGCUGGCUUGGAGAAACAGCGAUCUGACCUCUAUGAUAUCCGUUUCAUCUGCGGUAAGAUGGAGGAGGCUAGCCGGGUGGUGGAUGACAUAGUUGCUAAGGCCAUCCGAGUUGGCUGCUACAAUAUGGCGCUCGUCAAACACGCAUUAGAGGAAUCGGGGGACCUCGCUGUGUUCCUUUCUGUUGGUGGGACCAAGUUUCAGGUCCCCUGGGAGGAAGAUACUGAGGAUCAGCGUGAAUAUUUUGCACUUCUGGAAGCGGAUGACGAGGAAAUAGAAGGCCCGUCAGAUGCUGGAGAGGAGGUAGGUGGCAAUAUCAAUCCAAGACAUUGGUGUUAG